UUUGCUGGGUACCUUAUGAAGGAAGUACGGAACAUGGCAGGCAGGUCAGGGAAUGGAAGGCUAUAUGAUGCAAUUGACGUGAUAUCAAUAGGGUGAUGGAAUUUUUGAUGUUCUUGGAUAGUUUAUUUUUCCUGUUCUUUUUAGCUCUUCUCUCAAUGCUCUUAACUAUUACUGUUCCUCGUCAGUUCGUUUUUGCCCGAGGCUCCCCUAGCCUGUCUCUAUUUUCCAUUUACCUCUACUUAAUUCGGGAAGCAAGAAUAGGAGAGGAGUGUAACUAUGUUAACUAAACUGAAAUCUUAUCUUCGCGGGUACCUGGGCGAUCUACACGGCGCUACGCAGUUAUGAUGUCAAGUCACGUAUGUGUAUUUCAUGUCGGAUGUAGAUGCAGGAACUUGGCUUACACAACACGCUGGAAACUCCACCAGGUACCGUGACCGCCAAGUACUUCCGCGCCCUCGAGCAGCUUAUUUUCACUUCACUCGUCGAAUGUAUGCGGUUUGCCAUCAACAGACAGCUCGACGGCGGGCAGCCAGACAGUGAUUACAGAGCAUAUUCUAUGCGAAUAGCUCUAUUGUUUGCUGUCAAGGCCCGCAUCCGCAACAAAAAUAUGCAAAGUGCCCGUUUAUCAAGUGUACGCGGGCCCGAGACGCUCGAGCUUGGGUCUACUACUUCUAAACAUCCAACCUCAAGCCAUGUAUCGCUACAUAUCCAGCGGUAUCUUCGAUAAUCCACCGUUUGACUGUCGAUUUCACGAGCCUGUACCUUCGAUGUAGCAUUCAUGGGCUCGCCUUGGGGAGGAAGGAUAAGUCAACAAGGCAUAAUAGCCAUGAUACCCAUCAACCCCUGCGCCUGAUACAACCGCGACUCGAUCUAGAUGCUAGUGGCAAGGCCCCAUGUAUGUGGCAACGACCAAAGUAACAUAUUUUUACAUAUUAUUUCCCCUAUUCUCAUCGAAGAUCAUCAUUUCAUAUGCAUGGUCGAGUUGGGAGUAAGAUCUCACAAGAAAAAAAAGCCAUACGCAAACCGAUAUGCACGCCGUGUUUCCCCGAUGAAGGUUGAGUUCAAACACAUCUGCGGGUGACUUCCCUGUCUACAACACAUACGAACUGCAAUGUAAGAACUAGCAAAAUCUAUUCAAUGGGACAGAUACCCCAGAUAUACCCCUGUAAAGGCAAUGUCUAUCUAUUAUCCUGUUAGGGAAUGGCAAGGAAUAGUAUGGCUACAAUCAAUUCUUUCCUGGUCGUUAGCCUGUGUAUGGGCAGUUACGAAAGCAGUGGAAGGAGGGCGAAUAAUUCCCAGCCACAUUAAUGUUGUAUACGAAAGCCGAGAGAUUGGAGAUGUGACAUUUCAGACAGAUCAGAUGGUACCGCAUGAGACUAGAGCUAAAGGACGGCUAGAAGGAGACCGUCUAUAUGCACUGUCUGGAAUUGGUAGAGCCAUUGAGAAGCUCAUCCAAGUCUUUUACUGCCUAGAAUUAACAGCAUGGGUGUGGACGUGUUGACGAAUCUUUGACUUUACUCACUACAAGGAAGGUGCGCGUGAUCGGGUUUCUGUACAAGGUGUGGGAGAUUGUAUGCACGUCAUAUUGGGUUACCCGCUGGUAGAGGUAAUACGACCCAAUUCUUGAUGGAAUUGGCCGACAUGGAUCAGUUUUUUGUUUUUGGUUUCGCGGCUUAAUCCUACCCUCUGAUAUUCAAGGCUCAAUGGCAGCGGAAUUUGAAUGGGCUCAAUUGCGAUUUUACGAUAUUUGUCUUACGGAUUGAAGUUGCGGUCCGGGUGCCGUGCCGUGCCGGUUCC